GUGUCCUACAACCAUUAUAAAUUAUCAUGACUGCAUUACCCUUUACGCACACCACCCCCAACUCAACACUUGGUCAAUAUUGUCUCUCAUUUCUGGCUUCCCUUUGCUUUAUCCUAUUCCCUUAACUCUACCGCAGCUUUUCUUUUUUGAUUUUAUUCUUUUUUUUCUUCACUCAUAAUGCCAGAGGAUAUGAAUUUUUCAAUAAAUGGUCACUCUCGGGUGCCUCCAGGUUUUAGAUUUCAUCCCACUGAAGAGGAGCUUCUUCACUACUACCUCAGGAAGAAGGUGGCCUAUGAGAAGAUAGAUCUCGAUGUCAUUCGUGAUGUUGAUCUUAACAAGCUUGAGCCCUGGGAUAUCCAAGAGAAAUGCAAAAUAGGAUCCACCCCACAGAAUGAUUGGUACUUCUUUAGUCACAAGGACAAGAAAUACCCAACCGGGACUAGAACUAACCGAGCGACGGCAGCCGGAUUCUGGAAAGCCACUGGCCGUGAUAAGAUCAUCUACAGCGGCUUUAAAAGAAUUGGUUUGAGGAAGACUCUAGUGUUUUACAAGGGGCGAGCUCCACAUGGCCAAAAAUCUGAUUGGAUCAUGCAUGAAUAUAGGCUUGAUGAUAGCUUUCAUGACAGCACUGUUUCCAAUCCAAUCGAAGAAGCAAUCCCUGAGGAGGGGUGGGUGGUUUGCCGUGUAUUUAGAAAGAAGAACUAUCAAAAAACCCUAGAGUGUCCUAAAGGUUCAUCGAGCUCGAUGGACUCGAAGACCCAGAUCCUUAGUUCUGGCAACGAUGGAGUUCUUGAUCAAAUACUUCUCUAUAUGGGUAGGACUUGCAAGAUGGAGAAUGAAUCAUUUAGCCACAUGAAUCUAUCCAACAACAGCAACAAUAACAGCGUUAGAUUUCUCUCAUCUAACAACACAGGCAUCGGUGAAGGGCUUCAUGAAGGAUUUAUGCAUCUUCCAAGGCUAGAUAGUCCAACCCUUCCUCCGGUUACAAUCAACAGCCCCCUCUUUGAUGAAGAUAAUAAUUUCAGAUCUUGCUAUCCGUCGUAUGAUGAGAUGCUCAUAGAGAAUAACAAACCUUCCUCCCCCACCACCACCAACAACAAUAAUCACCACCACAACCAGCGCUACCACCUCCCCCCCAAUGGCUUUGACAUGACCUCGAUACACGAAAACAACAAAUCCGGGCUUAAUGACUGGGCUAUCUUGGAUCGUCUGGUGGCAUCACAGCUGAAUGGUCAGGUAGAGACAUCGAAGCAACUAUCUUGCUUUAGUGACUCAAAUGGGAGUUUUGGUCUGCCUCCUGAUGAUGACAUGCAAUUAUCACAGCUACAUGGGCACUCGAAUAGAUCAAGUCAAGGAAAUUCUCAGGUCUACAGUAGCGAGAAUGAUAUAUGGACCUUCACUAAAUCAUCGUCCCCAUCGUCAUCAGACCCAUUAUGCCACUUGUCCGUAUAACCCAAGUGUCUAAAUAUACCAUAACAACAUAGAAUCUCCUAUAGUCCUUCUAGGUAUGUAUCAGUAUACGUUAUAUCAUAUAUAUAGUAUAUAUAUAUAUAUAUAUAGCACAUGUAUUGGAUAAAUAAUAAAAAUAAUCAAGUGAUAUUUGAGAUAGGUUGGCAAUGUAAAACAUUAUCAUGUUAUUUUCAUUAAUAACGAUGUCGUCCAUGCCCAAAUUUUUAUUCAA